AUGUCGUACCUAUCAAUUCACUUGGAGCAAAUAGCUCUGUCGUGCGAAGGCAUCGACUCUCUUCCCUUCCCACCGCCAAAGAUCUUCACAAAUGCAAUGCUAUACAACAGCGACAUCACUUCGCUAAUUCGCGAUACCGAAGCCCAUGAGCGCGCUCUGUUCUCCGUGCCCCCUCCCCCGGCCCCUGCGACUUCUCAGAACCCAGACCCGAAGCCGAACGGCCGUCGCCAGACCGUCUUUAACGUGGCCUCAGGCGAGGUCACAACUGGCCCUCCGACUGGUAGCAACCGUGGACUAGGAGGCGGCGGACCGCGCCGCCACACAGCCGUGUCUGCGGUGCUGGGAGGUGACCUGCACGACCAACUGCGCCGCGGUGAGCGCCAAGCGGCCAGCAAGGGCGGCGACGUCGAUGUAGAGGUCCUCCUGCGUGGCGCGACGAAACUAUGCGGCGUAUACGCGCUUCCCGGGGCUUUGGAAAGGAUCCCCCAGCUGAGGAGUCGCUACGCACACCAGACCAACACGUUGGCGUAUUACGAGGCCAAGGUUGCCGAGCACCAGGCCGCACUUGAAAAAAUGAACAAGGACCACUGGAUGGGCGACGAGGAGGAGCCGGAAGCGGAGGAAGAGGAGGACGAAGAUAUGAUGACCGAGGAGGACCUUAGGGCCGAGGAAGAGAUAGUGCGCGAGCUCGACCGCAAGAAGCGCGACCUGCAGCAGCGGCUGAGGGCGAUGGACAAGGAUUUGGGAGAGUUGCUGAACAUGUGA